AUGUCGGUGAGGCCUCUUCUUCUUCUCACCCUGGGAAUCACCACAGUCAUUGUUGUUACAGCUCAAGAAUCAUGGAGAAGAGACAACAAGGAUUCAUCCCCUUCUGUGUUCCACUCUGAUGACAACUAUGAGUGGACCACAUGGUUCAAUGUCGACCACCCCGGAGGCCGUGGAGACUAUGAGCAGCUGGAGGCCAUUCGCUUCUACUACCGUUCCCGAGUGUGUGAAACUCCCCGGGCAAUCGAAGCCAGAACCACUGAAUGGGUCCCAGCCCGUGAAACUGGGGAGAUGGUCCAUGCAGACCCCACUGUCGGCUUCUGGUGCCUUAACGAGGAGCAGGGUCCUGAACGCAACUGCUCCAACUACUCAGUCCGUUUCCUCUGUCCCAAAGAUACAAUUGUGAACAUUCAGGCUAACUGGGGUCCGUGGUCAGACUGGGACCCAUGCCCUGCCCUUUGUGGUCAGGUGGGGGUCCAACUGCGCACCAGACACUGCCAGUCACGCACUAUGCCUUGCAGUGGACCUAAAGUGGAAGUGAUAGCAUGCAGUGGACCUGAGUGCCCAAAAACAGAUUGCUCCCAGCAGUGUGUGAUGGGGAAGGUGAAUGCUGAGUGUGACGCAUGCAUGUGUGAGGAACACAUCCUUCUGGGUUCUGUUCGUGGUGCGGGAGGUCUCACUGCUGAAGGGGCGACUAUCCUUCGCUCUGGCAAGCUCCUUACCCUUACCGACCACAACGGGCAUUUCCGCAUCCCUGGUAUCUGCCCUGAUGGCAACACUACCCUGACAGUCCUCCUGCAGGGCCACGCCACCCUCAGUGUUGUUGUGCCCCACAGUGCUGAACGUACCUCUGUCCUCACUGUUCAGCUGAAAAGAACAGAGAAGCUUCAUGUGCUGGGCAGCCCUGAGAGCAAAGCAAGGAGGGAAGGACAAACUGCUGCCUUCUGCUGCAAAGUGGCAGGAACACCUCAACCAGACAAGUACCAAUGGUUUCAUAACAACAGCCUCCUGGAGAAGCAGUCUGACAGCACCUUGGUCCUAAAAAAUCUGCUCCCUGAGCAGACUGGGGAGUAUUAUUGCAAAGCAAGUGGUCCCUCUGGGGCUAUUAAGACCAAACCAGCUACACUCAAAGUCUUAGGUAGAGACGAGCAUUCAUGUAAUCCCAAACCUGAAUCCCACCUCAUCCGUCUUCCACAUGACUGCCACCAAAACAGCACAGACUCCUUUUACUACGAUGUGGGCAAGUGCCCUUCAAGUACAUGUUCUGGACAGCUGGACAAUGGCAUCAGGUGCAAAGACAAAGUGACUUACUGCUGUGGUGUCAAAAAGAUGGAGAAGAGGCAGCUAACAUGCCAGGGCUACCAACUACCCACCAUGGUGGUGACUGAGUGCGGCUGCCAGAAAUGUGUGGACACCAAGACCAUUGUGCACGGUAGGGCCGUCGCUGCAGACAAUGGUGAGCCAAUGAGGUUUGGCCAUGUCUUUAUGAAUGGAGUCAGAAUCAGCCGCACAGGCUACAAAGGUACAUUCUCCAUCCAGGUUCCUCCAGACACAGAGAGGCUAGUCCUGACUUUUGUGGACAACAUGCAGAAAUUUGUCAACACCACAAAGGUACUUCCAUUUAACACCAAGGGAGGGGCUGUUUACCAUGAGAUCAAACUUCUAAGAAAGAAACCUCCGGUGACCAUCAGCCCAACAGAAACCAACACUCUGGAGCUUGGGGAGGUAGAGGGGCAGGAGGCAAUGGUUCAAAUCCAGAUUCCUCCCUAUGCCUUCUACACAGAAAAAGGAGAAGUCUUCACUGGUAACGUGAAUGCUAGCGUAACGUUCCUAGACCCCAGAGACGUCUCCACAGCGGCUGCAGCUCAAAGUGAUCUCAACUUUGUAGGAGAUGAAGGAGAUACAAUUCCGCUGAGAACCUACGGGAUGUUCUCAGUUGAUUUUAGGGGUGAAGAAAACAACGAGCCACUAAACGCAGGUGAAGUGAAGGUGUUCCUAGAUUCUGCCCAGGUGAAGAUGUCUGAGCACCUCGAUACCAUGAAGCUGUGGUCACUGAACCCUGAGACUGGCCUGUGGGAGGAGGAAGGAAGUCUGCAGGUGGAGAAGAAAAGACGAGGUAAAAGGGAGGAGAGAACCUUUCUGAUUGGAAACAUGGAAAUCAGAGAGAGACGUCUUUUUAACCUGGACGUCCCAGAGAACCGCAGGUGUUAUGUCAAAGUGAGGACCUUCCGUAGUGAGCGCUUCAUGCCCAGUGAGCAGGUGGAGGGAGUUGUGGUGAGUCUUAUAAACAUGGAGCCCACAGCUGGAUACUCCUCUAACCCACGUGCCUGGGGACGUUUUGAUAGUGUCAUAACUGGCUCCAAUGGCGCCUGUCUUCCUGCUUUCUGCGAUGAACAAAAAGCUGAUGCCUACUCUGCGUAUGUCAUGGCCAACCUUGGAGGAGAGGAGCUGGAGGCCGUCUCUUCUGCUCCCAAACUCAAUCCCAACUUAAUUGGAGUGCCCCAGCCUUACCUGGGUAAGCUGAACUACAGGCGGACUGACCAUGAAGACCCAAGACUGAAGACGACUGCAUUCAGCAUCAAUGUGGCAAAACCAAGUCCCAACACAGCGGAGGAAAGCAAUGGACCGGUGUACACAUUUGAGAACUUGAAAGAAUGUGAGGAGGCCUCGUUCAGUGCGGCACACUUCCGCUUCUCAAGAGUAGAAGGAGACCGCUACGAUUACAACACAGUGCCGUUCAAUGAAGAUGACCCAAUGAGCUGGACAGAGGACUACUUGAGCUGGUGGCCUAAGCCCAUGGAAUACAGGGCCUGUUACGUCAAAGUCAAAAUUAACAGCCCACAUGAGAUCAAUGUGCGGUCCCGUAACAUGGGCGGCACCCAUCCGAAGACGGUAGGCCAGCUGUAUGGCCUCCGAGAUAGUCGCAGCAUCCGUGACAUGGACCAGGCAACUAUUUCAGCUGUGUGCCUGGAGUUCAAGUGCAGUGGGAUGCUGUACGACCAGGAACGUGUGGAUCGUACCCUGGUGAAGGUGAUUCCACAAGGCAGCUGUAAAAGAGAUCAGGUCAACUCAAUCCUUCAGGAGUAUCUGGUCAACCAUCUGCCCCUCGCCGUCAACAAUGACACCAAUGAGUUCACUAUGCUAGCACCUCUUGACCCCCUGGGCCACAACUACGGAAUUUAUACGGUGACAGACCAGGAUCCACGCACAGCCAAAGAGAUUGCACUCGGACGCUGCUUUGAUGGCACUUCUGAUGGUACAUCUCGUGUGAUGAAGAGCAAUGACGGCGUAGCGCUGACGUUCACCUGUGGAGAUCGUGAGGUGGCGAGCCAGAGUGUCUUCCAGUCCCUGCAGAGUUCUCAAGGUCAAACAGUAACAAGCGUGGUGAGAGGAGAAGGUAGGCAGAACCGGCGCAGACAGAGGGCCAACGCACCCCGCAGCAACAGUAGACGAAGCACAAGAAAUCCUGCAGGAAAGCGCACAAAGGCCAGAAGCUAA